AUGAAGAAGAAGAGAUCUUCUCAACCACUAUCGGAACCUGUCAUUGCUUUGAGAAAGAAGAAGAGAAUUUGUGUCAAAUCUUUUCAACAACAACAACAAUCGUUUUCUUCUACACAACCUGAAUUUUGCUUACCAGAUGAUUGCUGGGAGCAUGUCUUUUCAUUCAUCAUCAAUCCAGUUGCCGUACCCGAAGACAAAAACAAACUCUACUUCAAAUCCUCCCUAUCUCUCGUCUCUAAACAAUUCCUCUCCAUCACCAACCGUCUCAUAUUCUCUCUCACUAUUUAUUAUCCACAGCUUUGCUUUCUCCCUUGUUUUUUUCAUAGAUUCUCCAACCUUCAUUCUCUUGACCUCUGGUUCGCCUCCUCGCAUGAUCUCGACAACAAUGCAGCCAUUGCUUUGGCUCUCCGUGACAGACCAACAUUAAAAUCAUUAUCUGUUUUUGGAAUUGAGCUAAAGGAUGCAAACUAUGUUUCUUCACAUUACAUUGAUUCCUUCCUGAGUUUGAAGGGUUUGAAUUCUCUUAAGUUUCGGUAUUCCAAAAUAUCCGAUGAUUUGCUUUACUCUAUUGCAAGAGGUCUUCCUUUGAAGAGUUUUGUGCUUGAAAAUUGUAUGGGCUAUAGUUAUCAUGGAAUUUAUGAUUUAUUAUCCAACUGUCAUGGGAUACAACAUUUGGGUCUUCAUGAUGUUGAUUUUCUAAAUAAUCAUCAUGUUUCCCAGUUGUCUUUACUUCUUCCUGAUUUAACAUCUAUAAAUCUUAGUAGAUGUUCCAAGCUCACAGAAUCAGCUUUGUUUGCCCUCAUUAAGAACUGUCAUUCACUUGGUGAGAUCACCAUGGAAAGCAUAUAUACUACUAAAGGAGAGAGUAUAAAAGUUUCUGAUAUUUUGAAAGAUUUUGACGCCAACCCUCAAUUAAAGUUUCUACAUCUGUGUUCCAAUUCAUUGAUAAACGACGAGACUCUCAUAUUGCUUGCUUCUGUUUUUCCCAAUUUACAGUUUCUCAAUUUAAGAUUUUGCGAUAACAUAUCUAAAAGAGGUAUUUGUCAAGUUUUAAGUACAUGUUGUAAGCUUAAACAUCUGGACUUGUCCUGCAGUUAUAAUAUGAGAGGACUUAAAAUGAACUUUGUAGUUCACCAACUAGAGGUGUUGGACUUAUCAUAUUCAAAUGUUAAUGAUAAAACACUCUAUCAGAUCUCAAAGAGUUGUUGUGGCCUUUUGCAGCUAGUAUUGAUAAUGUGUGAUUAUGUCACAGAAAAAGGAGUGAUGCGUGUGGUUGAAAACUGCACCCAAUUGAAAAAAAUUUGUUUGAAGUGGUGUCGCAAAGUGAAUGUUGAUGUUGUUGUCUCAAUGCUUCCAUCAAGGCCAUCAUUACAUGUGUUUUCAUCAAAGCAUCAUUACAUGUGGUGUGAUAAAGUGAAUGCUAAUGUUGUUGUCUCCUUGGUUUCAUUAAGGCCAUUAUUAUCCAUGUUAUAG